AAGCCAUGAGGAUGAUGAGGGAGAUAACGACUGGAGGGAUAUAAGUGGGAGGAAACUUUGGAGUUAAGCAGAGGAGGGAAGAGCUAAUCUUUAUAAAGUCAGACAGUAGGACCAGAGAAAGAAACUAUUUCUUGAGACAGUUUUAAGCUGCAACCAGACUAUCUCAGCAACAGAGAAGGAGCCUGUUGCAGUUACUAAACUGCCAGUGUGAAUUAGUUUUUAAAUUUUGUGCUGCUGAGGACUAUUACCCGGGUGAUCAUGCAGGUGUUGGAGAAGAGGUUGUCGGUCAGACGCUACCUCACCUUUGCUACGGGGCUAGUGGAGUGCUUAUGCUUCGCCGGGGCUGUCUUUGGAUGGGCUAGUCUUGUUACUGUCCUCAAAGCAGAUGGAUACUUCAGCUUUCUGUGUGCUAAUGCAACAGGAGACAAUCACACUCAAAUAUUAGACUGCAGUGCACAGGAUGAACAGUUCUCUCUUAUUUUCACCAUUGCCUCUUUUAUGAACAACUUCCUCACUCUGCCCAAUGGCUUCCUUUUUGAUCACUUUGGUACCACAGUUGCUCGGCUCUUUGCAAUAUUUCUUUAUACCCUGGGUACGCUGAUGGUGGCUUUCUCUUCACCAGCUCUGCCUUACCUGCUCUUCCCGGCCCUCCCAUUAAUGGCUGUGGGCGGCAUAUUAUUUCUCAUCACAAACAUGCAGGUUGGAAACCUUUUUGGUUCACAUCGCUCCACCAUCAUCAAUCUUUACAAUGGUGCUUUUGAUUCUUCCUCAGCACUCUUCCUCAUCAUUAAGUUGGUGCAUGAGUCUGGCGUCUCCCUUCAUUCCGCCUUCCUAUUUCUGUCUGCCUGCAGCAUCUUUCACAUCCUCAGAACCUUCUUCCUGCUGCCCAGAAACUUCAUUCCUCACCCGCUUCCUGAUCAAUACUCAUACGGGAUUUCUUGCGGUGCUUCACAGCCUGUGAGCAGAGAGGUGACUGCAAAUUGUUGUGGACAUUCAGCACUGGAGGACACAAUGUGUACACAUAGUGUCCCAUUCAAGCAUGAGAAGACUUUUCGUGAGUGUUUGCUGUCCAGGUUCUUUGUGUGCCACCUGCUCUGGCUGUCAGUGAUGCAGCUCAGGCACUACCUGUUCAUCGGCACCCUCAACCCCAUGCUGCAGAGGCUGACAGAAGGAGAUUCCUCUCUGGUGAGCCAGUACACCAAUGCCUUUGCUUUCACCCAGCUGUGUGCUGUUCUGUGUGCUCCCUGGAACGGUCUCAUUAUGGACAGACACAGGGGCCGGUCUCGAGCUGCAGGAGAAACAGAGCACGAGGCUGACCUGCGAGCUUCUGUGCUUUCCUUAUUCCUGACGGCGCUGCAGUGCGUGUUGUUCUCUCUUUGUGCCUCCACCCCCUACCUGCCUCUUCAGUACCUCACCUUCAUCCUGCAGGUGCUCAACCGCUCCUUCCUGUACGGUGGCAUUGCAGCCUUCAUCAGCGUGGCAUUUCCUUCACGUCACUUUGGAAAGCUGUAUGGUCUUGCCAUGUCGCUGUCUGCGUCUUUUUCUCUGCUCCAGUAUCCUUGCUUUGCUUUGGUGAACGGAGCUCUUGGUGGAGAUCCUUUAUAUGUGAACAUUGGCCUGACACUGCUAUGCCUGCUGGCCUUUAUACAUCCCCUUUCUGUAUAUCUUCAUUGUCGAAAACUUGCAUCUCAGAGAGACAAGAUCAAAGCCAUCCCUUUGUCCUCUUGAAGACAACAGACUUAUGGGAUAAGGUUGACAACACACAGGAUAUAACUCUUCAAUUUCACCAAUGGAGACAGAAAUUUGUUUUUAUCUAAUACACAAGAUCUGCAAACAGUAUGGUGACCCCUAAGUGUAACAGACAGGCUUUUUCAUGAGUUUAUUUCCUAACAACCACAUAGUUUGCCCGGAGCUUCACAAUUUAUCUGAGCCACAGGAACCAUGCUGCUGAUGAAAGGUCAUCUGUAAUUCACCAACACACACAGCUUUCUUUCCCCUAUCUACUCCAAAAAUCACAUGAGCACAUACCACAGUCCUGUUGAAGUGUUAAAUCUGGCAGUUCUGGCUCUGAGAGACCAUGUUAUGGAUUCUACUUUGGUUGAACCCCCUCCCAAAAAAACGAAAAAAAAACAUCCAAACCUUCAUGUUCAGGAGUGAAGAGCAGGACAUCAAUGGCCCCUGGUAAAAUGUCACACUCAUUUUGAUGGAAACCUCAAAGCUUCCUAUGAAUAGAAGUUUAAUUUAGGUCAUUUCUCAGUUUCUGUGUCUGAUCCUGGUUCUCUUCCUACUGACAGGAAUCGUUUUAGUGGCGAUGUCCAUAUUCAACUAAAGCCACAGUGGCCAUCUUGUUUCUGAGGCUCGAUAAUCAGUAAAAGCCUGUUUUCCUAUUAUGCCACAACAUAUACAUUUUUAAAGUUUUUAAUGCAACAAUUCAUGGCUCGUCACUGCCAGACGCUUCAAAGGGAAUCUCAUUCAGUCCUCCUUACCAAAUAACUUCAGCUUUUCCGUUACCUGUGACACUUCUUAUGAGAUGAUGAACAAACCUGGUUCUGUAAAUUUGGCCUGUCCAUCAGUGUAAGUGCAUCAGUCAAGUCCUCCAUGUGCUCUGUCCAUUACUGAACCAAAUUAAAAGUCUAGUUCCCCAACUAAGCUAGGAACACUGUAAAGGCCUGAACACACCGGUUGCAUAUGACUUGUCCAUGUCACACUGACUGCGUAUAGAGAGGCUCUGACUAGGCAGGGUGGGCAGAUCUGCACAGAUUUUUUCGCUUGUCUCUGUGCUAUACACAAAUUAAAACAAUUUCCCCAUUUGACUUGGACAGAUUAAGAAAAGUUAUUUAAAAACAAGAAAUAAAAACAAAGACCUACUUAACGAAUCUGUGCAGCAUCUCAA